AUGCGCGAUCUGUGCAUGCAGCAGUUCCGCAGCGAGCAACAGAAUACGACUAAAGCUGCUGCUUUGGGACCGAUAAUUGCGCUUUUUGGUAUGCAGCUGCCUUUCGACGCGACGGAGGAAGAGUUGAAGAAAGUAGGGGAAUCGUUGCGAAGAGAUUACGAAAGAACUGCAAAGACGCCGACGGUAAAGUCUUUAAUUUUGAAGGCGUGCGCGGCUUUGCACGCAAAUUUUGAUGUUGACUACAAGGAGGAAGAUGCUGCGCGAGACGCACAUCCAAGAUGGUUGAUUAAUAAGGCAUUGGGGAUAUUAGACGACCAAAUUGGAUCGGCUGAUUCUGACGACGACGACGACGUGGGAAAUGAAGAGGAAGUAAAAGGCGCAAGCGGGAAAGAAAAGAAAAAAAUCGACAUGGUAUUGAUCUCCGGCGCACUCGAAGCGAUUGCUUCUUCUUUACAAUCUGUCCCAGAUAAGAUUUCAACGAGUUCGCGAAAGGCCUUAUCUAAAAUUUUGCUCAAAGCGUUGGAACCUCCAUCUUAUGGUCAACGCAGCGAAGUUCCGAAAAGCGCGAUGAAAGUUGUCGAAUGCGUGGGCGCAAUUUUAAAGAAAGAGUUCAUCGAGUUUGCUCCUGAAAUUUUUGAGAAACUCUUAGAACUCAGAGUGUGCUCGAAUAAAGAUCUCACUAGAAACGCGAUGGUUUCUUUAGAUGCAUUUUUGAUAACCUUAAGAGAUGCGUUGAUGGACAAUACUUUAUUCGAGGAAAGCAAACGAAUCGAGACUAUGAAAAGCAUGAUGGGAAAGGUUAAAGAGCUUUUAGAAACAAAGUACGAUAAAAACUCAAACCCUCGAAAGAUUACUGUAGCGGUCCGUGCUCUAGGCAAACUAACGAAACCUGCAUUCUACAUGUCGAGCGAUGAGCUGGCGAUGGAUUUAGACGAGCUGAUGGAACAAUUAGCGAGAUUUACUUUAGAAGAAAAAUUCGCUGCGGGAGGUAACGCCUUUGAGAAGAGAUUUGAAUCCAUGGAAAGACAGGUUGCACUCUUGAUCGCAUACACGGACGUUCUUGAAUUGCAGCAAACUGUUGAUGAAGCUACGUUAGAUAUGGUUGCUUCUAUAUUACGUUGGAUAUUUGAACAUUAUUCAACCGAAGUUGAUACGAGAAAACGUGUCGUGCACGACGCCAUUGUCAAUUUAUUUCAGACGUUAUACGAGAGAGGCGGAGCGCUACGAAGUUUGUUUAGCAGGUGCGGACAGGCGUUAGUCCUUUUGACGUUGCGUGUUGGUCCACCCGAUCCUAUUGAUAGGUUGUUGGUGGACGCCCCCCCGAUACAGCUUUGGCCAAGGUACGUCGAUUUGUGGGUUCGCUUACUCGGGGGUGACGAAAAAUACGAAAGAUUCAAGCCGAAUAGAGCGUCAAAACGUCGCAUCUCAUCUUCUGGGUCUGAUACUAAGAGACGCUCGCAGAGUAUCGACUCGGCGGUGGCAACGGAGCAUUUAUCAGAAAAUUCCAUGAAUGUGCAUGGAAUGGAUAUCGAUGUAGUCAUAGAUCAGCAAACCCAAAUUGCCCAGGGUGCGGCAAGUGCUACGUACGACUGUUUCAUGGAGCAUAUACUUUUGAUAUGCAAUACUCUCGAACUUGGUGUUCGAGAGUCUACGGUGAUCAAGCCUGGUGCGAGCUUAGGAGACGAAACGCAGGAAAAAGAUGCGAAAAUUCCAGAAGAUUUAGUAGAUAAAAACAUAGAAGCAAACGCCUUGAUAGCGUUAAAUUUAGAAGGUAAUUUAGAGGCCAAAAAUCCAGGAGACGUGCAAACUUUUCUUGGCUUAGUCGAUUUCUUCCGUAAAGUCAUCGACGAAUCCCCUUCAAGGCAUAUGUGUGCGUGGAUUGGUCAGCUAGGAGAUGAGCUCAUGUUAUUGGCGACGAAAAAUACAGCUUUGAGUGGCUUUUACAAACUAAUUCAGAGCUCGUUACACGCCGCGGAGCGCUCGGGAUACUUUCGAUCCGCUCGUCUUGAUGAAAAUGUACAAAAGAUUACGAAAGAUUAUGAAACUCACCAAAAUGCAAGUAACGACGAAGAGCAAGCUGCGCGGCUUGACGUGGCGAGGAGCUUUCAAAACUUUUUGCACGAGGUGCUCGCAGAAAGUUCGGGGAAAACUGGUGAACUCAGAGCGGCAUCAUUGAGUUUACUAUUAGAAGCUCCCGAGGGUUUACUUUCCUUGAAAGACCUUGUACAACCAUUGUGCUCGAUGCUUGAACUUGGACUGCAACAUUCACCGAUGGCAGAAACUGGACUGAGGGUUCUGGAAACAUGGCUGACCAAUCGAAGGGAGGAAUUGCUGCCCGCGCUUCCAGAGUGCGUGCGUAGCUUGAGGCCAUAUUUGGAUCGCGGAGACGGUUUAUCUGAAGAUUCAGAAAUCGAUCGAAAUGAAGCUAUGGCUAUGUUCGAUAUUGAUGAGAACACACGAUCUGGUAGCAUCGCCGAGUGGCGCUUUGAGAAGCGAAUGGAGAAGCAGGCGUUAGAGCAAAGAAGUAAUUCUGAAGAAAAGAUAUUGCUAAUGAGAAUACUCAGAUUACUUGGUUCUUUAGGUAGUUAUUCUCACUUUUUAGUGAAUUCCCUAGAAGAAGACGAACGAAGCAGCACGGAUCAGAAUAGGGACUCGAGCAUUCUUUGGGAUUCUACAAUGCGGAUUUCUAUAGAUUUACCAUUAUAUGCCUCAGAAGCAACAUUGUGGUUGGAUAGUUGUUUGCCUCGGAUCGCGCAGUUGGCCAAAUUCUCUCGGGACCGGGCAACAAAAGUCGCAGCAUGUGAAGCAUUACAUGCUAUGACGUUACUUAUGGUAGGACGCAAUGCGCGAAGACCAGAUUCAACUGACGAUAAGAGUGGCAUAACACCGUUCCAUCUGGUGUACCGUUCGCUCUUUCCAGUCAUCUUAGAUUUAGCUGCAGAUUUCGAACCCGUUACAAGCACUCUUUUCCGCAAAUUAGCAUUCCAAUUAACCCGAUGGUUUACGAAGAACCAAGUUCGAGAAGCAGCUGAAACGAUGGCAUUACUUGAUGCCAUUACUCUUGGUGUUGCUGAUGCUCGCUUUGGCGUCAAGCGUGACUUAUGCGCAGCAUUAGCUGCCGAAGCGCUUAAGUGGAGCAUAAAACAGAUGACGGAUGUUCAAAACGCCGUAAAUGUGAAGAGUAUUUUGCGCCGAUUAUACUCACUAAUGUCGCAUCCAGAUUCAAAUCGACGUCUUGGGGCUUCCAGUGCUGCGUUACGUUGUCUGGAACUAUUCGAAACGCAAGAUGGAUCGGCUACGGAGAUUUUGAAAAAUCACAUCUUGGAGAUGCUGGAGGUCACACUUCGAUCGUUUCGUCUGGCUUCUUUUACGCAGUCAAAAGAUGCCGCGGAGGAUGCCACGGCGCGUUUAUCGCGAUUGGUAGUACGUGUUUGUAAGAGACACGCGCGUUUACUCAUGCAGCCUUCCAAGCCAGCAAGGUCGGGAUCUUUUCAAACACUCCGUGAUAUUGUCGUGUGGAUAUUUGAUGACGGAGUAGCGAGACCAGAGAGACGACUAAGACUAGAGUCGCAAUAUGCGUUUUGUGUUUUAUACCCGACGUGCGAAUUCGACAUUCCUGGGCAUAUAGAUGAUAAAGGACUUCCUUUCACAUCGGAUCUAUUUGAUGAAGUGAAAAAUGUAAACGUCUCGAAUACUAUAAUUGGGCCGAGCGAUCCAGCAAAGUGCGAUGCUGCUAUAAGCUGGCUUAAUGCCGCAAGAAGUGCGUUUCACUUCGCCAGAUGGAGCUUGGAAGUCAAUAUACUUCCAUCUGAGAUUUAUUCUCAGCCGAGACAUCUCGGCAUAUUCCAAAAUGCAUCGGAGUACCUGCUACAGUUCGAAGAAGACGCCGCUAUAAAUGUGGGGCCGAGCGCCCUUCGGAAGUGGCGCCGAUCAAAGGUGGACUUUCUCUUACAAGUUUUAUUGUUUGUGCAUACCUCGAUUACGAAACUCAGAUCUUCGAGUAGUGAAACGAAAGCUUCCCAAAAUCUAGCUCUGAAAGAAGUUGUCGAAACCAAUGGCUUUGUCAAGGUCCUCGUGAAAUCAUUCUUGUCGCUGGAGUCAUUUGAAACUGAACCGCAAGAAGAAGCACGCAUUUCAGCGACUUCGGCUGGAGUUUUGAAGGAGCUGAAUUUACUCGUCAAAGAAUAUGGAGACAGAUUGCCUCCGUAUUUGAAGGAGAUGAACACCAAAGUUCUAGAAGAUCUUAGGUUAGGAGUGAGCAAAGAUUCAACAGGUGAUCUUGGCUGCGUGAAUCUCUCAAGCACUUCAGGGUGUUCCAAAGCUGUGAGAUUGGUCACGGGCUACAGAAAGCUAUUCGAAAUUAAAUUGCUACGAGGUAUUUUACCGCAGGAAGAGAUGCAGAGCGGAGUUAUCGGUGAGAGAUUAGUAAUGGUUGUGUAUAAUCUAGGUAAAUCAGCCAAUCCAAGACAAAAAGCUGUAGGAACUGAAAUUUUGCGUUUAGCGUUUCAACUUGGUAUUGACGCUCAUCGAAUCAUGGAAAUUAUUUUAAGAAGAGACGAUGAAUUGGAGGACGGGUCAUUUUUCACAAGUGCACAACAAAAUGCUGGCAUGGCGUCCACCCAACGCAGAAAAAAGGAGAAGAUUGCUCGCCUCGAGCAAGAAAAGGGUGAAUUGUUUUACUUAUCCUUCCACAAAUUGAUUACGAAUUACGUCACAUUUGAUUUUGAGAAGUAUGCCACAUCAAUUCUAGAUCGAGCGGCGAACGACAUUUCCUCGCCGGGUGGAAGGAUUGCGACGCUUCUACUGAUAUCAGUGCUUACAGAUGCGGGAAUACACGCACGUUCAGUCUUGCUUGCGUUUACGAAACACAUACUUAUCCUCGAUCCACUUGUUAAAUCUGACUCAUCUCGAUCAAAUGAUAUCAUCGCGAGGUGCCAGCGCAGAGCGUUAGCUAUUAUUGAACGUGCGCUGAUUCUUGAUGCAUCAUUGAAGAAAAAUCGAGUGUUAUUCCACACCGAGGUUAACCAUGAGAAAGAGAAGAAGGAACAAGAAAAUGCGGCAUACUUUAUAGGAGACGCGUUGGCAACAUGUUUGCGACUAGAUUCGAGUUCCUCAGCACGGAUAGAAGCCACACGAAUUUCAAUGCAGAUUUUACUCCAGGAUGGAAUAGACAGGAACAACGUGUGUUCUGCUAUUGUCAUAGAAGCGUUGACAGAUCUUGUGAAACAUGUCAAGGCAGUAGAAUUGGAUCCAUGGGACUCCUCUGGCGUCGCCGAAGGAACGAAAGAUGCGAUCCUUCGGUCGUUUCGAGAAUCGUGUUCAAAAAGCCAUCUCAUGCGCGUUGUGCUUCCACUGAUUGAAGAUAAAUACAGUGAUCAGACGUUAAAGUUUAUGACAAAGGCGAUGAACUCGGUUGAAAACGCGUGGGAUGAAGCGCUUGCGGUAGAGUUGUUCAUCUUAGCGUUCGAGAAAGAUAGAGAAACGUACCAGAAAAGGGUGUGCGGUCGACUUUUGAGCGUGAUUUUAAUGAAUUCAAGUUCAUCCGCGGUCUGCACUUUCAUAUCCGAACGAGUGGAUGCGAUCGUGGAAGUCUUAGAGCGCAACAAUAGAGGCGAAUCGAACACAGAUGCUGAUGCUACGAACGUAUUGAAUGCAUUUAUAAUUAUGAAUGGACUUUACCAGCAGUGCUCGAAAGAGCAGAUUGCGAAUGUUCGCCCAAAAUUGCAAAAUACAGCGGAGAAGCAGAAAAAUCUUAAUCAAAUAGUUUCGACGCGUGCACUCGUCGAAAUUAAAGGGAAAGGCGCAUCUGGUAAGACUAUUUUUGAAGUAGAUAAGGAACUUUGUCUGCGUAUUCGGCAAGUUUGUUUUGAGACAUUCUCUGCGCUACUCAAUCGAACACAGACAAAAGAAAAAAUAGUGAAGUUUUUCAAUACUCUUCUACAAGGCGAUGCACAGCGGUUCAAUGGCUUGAUUGAUGGGAAUUCUCCAUGCUAUAUGGAACCGAUAUGGUCAAAAUACGAAACACCUGGAGUGUUGCAAGAUGCGAGCAAAGCGGAGGGAGAAAAUGCACUUCCGUUUACAAUGCUUUCUUCCACGCUAUUGAAUCUCGAUCCCACGUUGACAAUAAAAACUAAUGCGGAACCAACGGAGCUAGCUAAAAAUAAUGUGUCUCAUCCAAGAAUGGAUGCAUGUUAUCCGCAAGAAUCCGCGGAGUCCUUAUCACAUUCAAUCCGUGAUAAUUUGGAAGCAUUUUCUGUUUCCAAUGGCUUUUAUUUUUUACUAGAUAUCGCGAUGCAGGGUGCUCCAGAAGAUCUCUCUCUUUCUGGGAGCACUUUAAUUGGCCGCAUAGUAAUGUUGCUGAAGGACGUGCAAUUGUUACCUCAUAUCAGAUUUGCAAUAGCAAAAGCGGUGUUGAGAGCGCAGCGCGUUUCAAUUCAAGCGUUUAAUCCAGCGAAAAACGCAAAGAAUAACGAAUCAAAUACUGAGAUGUCUCUUUUUCGAACGAUAGCACCAGAUCUUUUAAGCGCUGUAGUUAUCGCACUGAUUGAUGUAUCAAAAUAUUGCAAUGAGUCCACUGAAGGAUCAAAAACCCACUUUCAGCGCGAAAAUAUCAUUCCAUCUCCUUGCCGGGAAAUAAUAGUGAUGGCAUUGGAGUGCACAGAAACGUGGACUGUUGACACAAGGUGUGCGCUUUCUAAUCUGCUUUGUUUCGUGAUUCGUAACUCACCGACUGGUUCCGUGGUCGAACUUCGUGAGAACGUCGCGCUCGGAACGCGUUUAGCGCGUAAACUACGAGACUAUAUAUUGUCAAACUUCGAUUCGAAUACGGUAUACAACACGUUCUACGACGCUUUGAAAGAAUUGCAGACAUUGGUGAAAACACCGAGUCAAGAGGAAACGGGUCGACUUCGACGAAUCGCGGGUGUUCAAAUGAUUGGCGCUUUUGUUGCAGAUGGUAUUCUGGAUAUUACCGGAAAGAAAACGGUCGUAAAAUUUAGUUCAGAAACGCAAAGUCAUGAAAAUGAUUGGAGAUCAGAUAUCACGCUGACAAGAGCGGUGGUUCAUCAUUGCCUGAUGAAACCAGAUGCAACUUCGGGUCGGAAAUGUCAUGAAGCAGCAGCAUCACUUGUUGGAUUCGCACUGGCAAAACGAGCAGAAAAACGGAUGGCUCUGGAAACGAGUGAGGAGGAGGAAGAAGCGUGGGUUCGUGACUUGUCCGCGCGUCUUCACACUUUAAAGCAACACAAACUCGAUCUUUUUUUGAUAGCUCUGGAUCGAAUAUCAAAGCAUUACCCUCCUUAUCCAUAUGAAACUGAUUUUGCAAGUAUAGUGCAAAGCUCUUUGGACAAAAUUUACGGCGAACCGCGUUAUGUCGCUUUGUGCGCUUUAUCUCACGAUAUAAUUAGUAGCGAAAAUAAUAUUGAAUGCGCCAAGCAACUGCUUCCGAGGAUGAAAUCAUUCUUAGAUAACAGAGACCCUCAAACUCAUGCUCUUUUGAUGGAAAUUCUCGCCCGGGGAGUGUUAUUUGCGUCAUCGGAGGCCACCAAUGCUUCGGAAGAUGCUUGCGAUGCGGAAUUACUGAAUAGCGAGUCAAAACGUCUUUGGCUUGUCGUAAUGAAUAAAAUUGACCGUGUUUUUCAAUCUUCGUCGCCAGUAGCAACAAGAGUACGAGCUGCACAGGCAAAGUUAUGCGCCGCUGUUUUGCAUGCAUUCCCCGAAUUUAGAAAAGAAGGCGUUGUUAUGGGACCCUUGUUUCGUGCAAUGGCUGAUCCAAAUGAAGGUGCAGGGCGGGCUGCUGCUAGAGAACAUUGGGAAAAGGUCAAUCACGUGUACACCUUGGGUGAGAGACUACUAGAUCUUAUGAAAACACCGCCAUCUGCGAGUGCGGAGGACUCGUGGAUAAAGGCAACUUGUGCGUUAGUACUUGCUAUUCCUGAAACGCAUCAAGACUACGAACAGACUGUCGCUGAAGACGAUUUGGCAGAUUGUGAACUCACCGAACUUAACAUAAAUACGGACUGGCAAGGCUCUAGCUUGCCAAUGACGCCGUUAUUUUCAACAAUGGGUACCCAAAUGACAUUAACUUCAUCAAGUGGUUUGCCUGGAUCUGGACGUCGAUUUGUUCCAGGAAAUGUGGUCGGAGUACCGCAUAAGCCUGCACCAGGGCUCAUUCGUGCGACACCGGCUGCUCUGGGAACGUUAGCAAUAGCCACUCAACAGGCGCAAGCGGCAACGCUGGUUUCCGACGUUACGAAAGUACGAAGCGGAGGUUCUAGGAUAAUGUUCUCAUCGUCUACUCUAGGAAUGGAAGAAUCUGGUGAUUUACCAGAGUGGUUGAUUGGUGAGCAAGCACAAAGUGGCACGCUGCAACGAGAUCCUCUUUUUGGGUCCACAUUGCCUCCCGUUCCGCAGACGCAAGUCACGCAUCAUCAAAAACAAACAACAAUAGACGGAUCUUCUAAAUGGCCGGCAAAAAGGACGAUUUCACAAGACUACUACAAGCGCAAGGACGAAACUGCAACAUCAUUGGAGGCUCGAAAAUAUCGUGCUCUUCAGAAGCACAGCAGAGAGCAAAGAAAACAUGCGGUGCACUUAGUCAGACGAUAUCGCGACGGGGAGCUCCCAGAUGUCAAAAUUUCACGCGCUGAAAUUCUUGCACCAUUAGUUUCGCUUGCGAAGCGCGAUCAUGCGAUUUCGGCAUUGCUAUUAUCAGCGUUGUGGAACGCGGCCCAAUCGGAAAAGUCUCGCUUGACGAUAAAAGAGACGAAUGAGCCUUGGAAAAAUGCAGUUCCAGGUGGAUCACAACGAGAACAGGCACGGAAUCUUUUGUACGCAUUCGCUAAAAGUAUCAAGGGUUCUAACGUAUUUCUCGCAUCAUGGGUGCUGAGAGCUUCUGCUGCUGAUAAAGAGUCGAGAGUAUCACCGAAAGAUUUACGACGCAUUGCAUUUGCAGGGGAUUGUUUAGCUGGUGGCAUCAUAGCUUUGGAAUCAACUUUGAUGGGCAAAAAAUCAACUGCAUUAACAGAAGAUUCUGCGGAUAACUCCACUAAUUUCACAUGGCGCGCUAUGGCUGCUUUGCAUCGCGCCACUGGUGAUGGAGAUGCUGCUUUAUUAUCUGUAGCUAAAGCAUUCGACGAUGAUGAACAGACGCAUUCUGCGCUCAAAGCGCAAUUAGCAGGAGAUGCAAAAAAAGCGGGUAAAAUCUACAAAAAAAUGAAGCAAAACAAUACCAAUACAGAAACUGUAGAAUGGCGCUUCUGGACGCGAGAACGUACUCGAUGCGCAGAACGGCUAGGUGAAUGGUCAUCUGCUUUCAACGAAUUCGAUGAAAAUGUGAAGAGAUGCGUUAAAGCUGGAGAGUGGCGCCAAACAUCGAAUUUGCUAACAGUUAGCGGCGAAGAACUUAGGGGUGUUUCUGGUGAAGCUUCCGGUGGAGAUAUGAGCGCAGCUGCCAUUAGAAUUGCCUUGAGAGAGCCGACACUAAAUAUGGGCGGGUUUUUGGACUUCCUAUAUAAAAGUGGUACGGAUAAGGCGGACGAAGACUACACAAGGCACGCCUUAUUACUACAAGAUUUAGGCGUUGAAUUUGCUGUCAGAGCUUUCGUAAAUGAACUCGAAGAUACUUCCAAAACUAUUAUUCGAGACGUUCGCGACAGAUUUGCUACGCGCUGGUCUUCAACGCACCCAAAAGCAGUUGCUGUUCGUCGUGCGCUCUUGCAGUCUCUACAACCGUGCGUUGAAAUUGAGGAAGUGUUGCACUGCGCAACGUUGUCGAGGAUCCCCAUCUCAAAAAAUGAGAUGGCUGAAUUUGAGAAAGGUUUAAAGAGCACGCUGUCAAAAUGGCAAAUGAGGUGGCCUUCUACAAGUUACGAUUCUGUUGAAGUAUGGGAGCGUGUAUCAUCGUUUCGAUCCAUCUGUUUGGAAGCUCUAUCGCACCUCGCGAAGCAGACAUCAAAGAAUUCGAUUAAACAGGCUAAUAUUGAUGCCUGCUGGCACGCAAGUCGAGGUUUGCGGAGAGUUGGAGAAACAAAAUUGUCUUUGAAGUUCUUGCAGAAAUAUGGCGAAGCGAUUAAAAAUUCGGACAAAGAGAAAGAAUGGAAGUAUGCAAAAGCUAAGCUCAAAGGGAAAUUAUCAGUUACGAACGAUGCGGAAGAUUUGGAAUCCAUUUUAUCCACGAUCCGAAACAGAGAAGACCUAGAAAAAUCGUUCGUGAUCGCGCCGCACAUGGCAGAUGUAAAAAACAUAGAAGGCUCAAUUUGCGAAAAACUUUGCAUGUUUACGAAAGACAAAAAUCGCGUAGAAAAUCUAGCCCACGAAACAAUAAGCUGUUACUCUGCGGCAGAAUCCUGCGCCGAAGCUGAGAACAACGUGAAGCUUUCAUCAAAAGCUUCCUUGAACCUUGCGCGUUUUUGUGACGAGCUUCUCAUUCGAUUCGAAGAUUCUAUGACGAUGGACUUCGAUACGCUGAGCGCUACUCUCGUAAAGCACGUGCUGAGGGCAAUGAAAACAAGAUCUAAAGCAUGCGAAAAAGCGCGACAUUUGUUACCCAGAGUUCUUGCACUUUUGCGCGCCACGACAGGGAAAAGUCCAAUACUUUUAGAAUUUGUUAGUGGCGUAAGAAACACAGCGGCUUGGUAUUUUCUCGACUGGAUUUCUGAACUUGUUGUUCUACUCUCAUCCGAAUCGUCAUACGAUGCGGUGUCUCCGCUCAUGACUCGACUCGUUGAUGCGUAUCCGGCUGCUAUGAGGCCCCAUUUUUCGCUCGGAAAGAACAACUUGACUCUUGCAGCUCUUAAAAUAGGCGAAGUCUUAUUGAAUUCACAGGCUGCACUUCAAUUCGAACGGGCCAUUACGCUUCUCGAUUUCCCGAUGGCUAGAUUGAAAUGGUGGUGGAAGGAAAUCGAACUCAUGGAGCACAAAGAAGGUUUGCCCCCAGACUCAAAGAAAUUGUCAAUGUUACUGAAUGAAAUGCUCGAGGAUGUAGCAAAUCCUGAUGAGGCGAACUUGGGUCCCAUUAAUGCGACAUUCGGAAAGCUCGCAAAACCAAUUCUCGUAGAAAUUACAAGAUCGAGAUCGAUCAACCCGAAUACGUCUGCCAUUUCAAAGUUGCUUCAAGAUGCAGUAUUUGAGAUCGAAAAAAGAUGGAAAAAGGGCGGAAACGAAGUAUUCGAGUCGGCGUCUACGCUCCCACUAGGAAGAUUUUCUCUAUUUUUCUCUUCUUUUGAGCAAAGAUCAUACGGUAACGUCAAAGAACAGUUUAUGGCGAAUCUUGAAAUACCAGGACAAUACGAUUCGCUCUCACAGGCUCCCGAUCCAACUUGGCAUGCGAAGAUCGUAAGUUUUGAAACAAACGCAACCAUAUUCACACAGUCGAAACAGAAACCAAAGAAAAUUACACUUCGUGGUUCGGAUGGCAGAGAAUACGCAUUUAUUGCGAAAGGUUCGGAAGAUUUGCGACAGGAUGAGCGGAUUCAAAGAUUGUAUCGCGCGAUGGAUUCGCUCUUGACACAAUCUCCAUCUGCUAGAGCAAAAGCGCUCAGGAUUCGAACUUUCCACGUCCUACCCCUGACGCGACGCAGUGGAUUGAUUGAGUUUGUCCAUGGCACGGAACCUGUUGGUCGGAUACUCUUGAAUUCAAGCGAUGAUGCGAAAAAGAAUAUAGGAAAUGUUUCCGCGCGACACGAAGCUUUUAUUAAAGCGAGAGGUAUGUUUGGUUUGAGCGGGAAAAAACGCAAAGAAAUUGACGGAGAUGCGCUUAUCCAGGAAGACAAAAUGGGUGUGAUGUGUGAUCUUACAAAAGUACCGCGACCGGCUCAUGACGACUAUCUCACCGCUAUGGCAAACGCCGAACUGAAUGCGAGCAAAAAAGUUCUUCGUGGAUUGGGUCAUCCAGGACAUUCUCCCGCUAAGGACGCCAUACGGCAGAAACUUCAAGUAUCGAGCGGAUGUCCGGAAGCCUUCCUGGCAGCUAGGAGAGUUUUUGCGGCAUCUCUUGCGGCAUCUUCAAUCUCCGGAUGGAUUGUUGGGUUAGGUGAUCGACACUGUGAAAAUAUUUUGCUCGAUGUUGCUCACGGGUCUCUCAUACAUGUUGACUUUGGUUACGCGUUUGGAACCGGAACAUCAACAUUGCCGAUACCUGAGAUUGUGCCAUUUAGAGCAACGCGCACAUUUCUUGGUGCUUUAGAACCUUUGGAUGCGAAGGAAUGGUUGGAGGCAGAUAUGGCAAGAGUUUUGACCGCUUUGCAAUCGGGUAAAAAUUUAUUGGAAGGCGCUAUGGACAUUUUUAUCCGGGACCCAAUUUUAGAUUGGACUCGGGAAACACAAAAAGGAGACGAUGUGGAAAAGCACGUCGAGAUGCGUGUCAUGCAUGCGCGCUCAAAGUUAUCUCUCGCUAAUCCAGCCUUCAUAUGCAUCGAGCAGUGCAAGCCAAAGCAUGGUCAAUCCGCGCACUGGGAAGGACUUCAAAGGCUUAUCAUUGGUGACGACGACGGUGUGAGAGCACAAGCUGGAGAGACGUGCAAAGACGUAGACGAACAAGUCGAGUGCCUCAUGGACAUGGCCACCGAUCCUCGCAUACUCGCGAACAGCUGGACAGGAUGGAAAUCUUGGCUGUGA